CCUUACCGCGUUAGUAAUUGACAUGUGCUCUCUUCCCGAAGUUUUUUUUCUUCUUCUGUUUACGCUGGAAAGACGUUAGCACUCUGCUGCCACCCACAGGCGAGGCAGGAACAUGCACCCUGUGAUUACUAAUGUUGGACAUGAAGAAUAAAAAUGACGGCUCGUGGAAACAACGCUGUCAGACAUCUGCAGCUGUGUCUCUCCUCCAGCUGUUUGUGACCACUUCCUGGUCAGCUGAUUCAGACGGAGGAAAGAUCGGCUCACCGCUAGCAACCAGAAUGAUGAAAAUCCCGUCUCAUCGUCCGGACAGCGUUUAAAAUGAACCACGCGCCCCCCUAAAGCCAUUCAGAACCCCGCUAUAACACCUGGCUCCGUGUGUGGCAGUGGUCGUCGGCAUUGCGAGGUUGUCGGAAACACAAGCCCUGUCCACUGCUUCUCUUCUCUGUUUCCUGGAAACAUCUUCUUUUCUACGGGCCUGUCAACGGCCCAUUUUCCAACUGCAGUGCCAGAAAAGGGACGCUGCUGAGAAGCCCACAGUGUCAGAGCGAGCUGGAGUCAAUGCGGGAACCAGAUCGGGAGGAGCAGACUGAAGACAACAUGCCCCCAAAGUUCAAACGACACCUCAAUGAUGAUGAGGUCACGGGAUCCAUUCGCAGUGAGAGGAGGAACCUGCUAGAAGAGGACUCGGAUGAAGAGGAAGACUUCUUCUUGAGAGGCCCCUCAGGUCCCAGGUUCGGGCCUCAGAAUGACAAACUCAAGCACGUGCAGUCGCAGGUGGACGAGGUGAUCGACGUGAUGCAGGAGAACAUCUCCAAGGUGAUCGAGAGGGGCGAACGUCUGGACGACCUGCAGGACAAGUCAGAGAGCCUAUCGGACAACGCGUCUGCCUUCAGCAGCCGAGCCAAACAGCUGCACAGGAGGAUGUGGUGGAGAGACAUGAAGAUGAAGAUGAUCAUCGCCUUGGUCGUGGUCGCGCUCCUGCUUAUUAUCAUCGUGCCCGUGAUCCUGCGAUAUCGCUAGCGUCCAAGCAGCUCCGUCCUCUCUGUCCUCUGCACACCGUCCUCCACUCCAUCUAGGGGCCGCCGGCCAGCUUCCCAUACCCUCCUCAGUGCGAGCCUGCCUCUCCUCAAGGUUCUGACCUCUACUUGCCCCUGGUACAAAUCUCAACGUUGGCAUUUCAUCAAAAAUCUGAGCACUAAGGUCUGAUUUGAUCCCUGGCUUGAAACUAAGCUCCAGAAAGGGAUCAAAGAAAUAUUUGAUUGUACUUUGGGGAAAAAUGCUACUGUAACUCUCAGCUUAAUGUGAAGGAGUCCUCCAUUAAAUGUUACAUAUCAUGUGGAACUACUUACAAUAAAGGCAGGGAAUCCACCUCAGGCGUCCACACAUUGACUCGCUGUGUGCUCCCUAAGCAGAGGGAGCGUCUGAGGUCUACUGAUCCAGUCUAUGUCCCUAUAAGUGCAGACGAUAGGCAGAGGAAUCGCCCUCCUGCUUCCUCCACCGCCACCUUUUGGUUUCACCUGCUCCUUUCCAGUUCGUUGCAGCGGGUUCAGGCCCAGCCAAGACGCCCGGGCAGUGAAUGUCUCCUCACAGCUCUCCCCUCUCUGAACCAGUUGUGCUGAGCUCUGGGCUGCUUUGGUCACGGCCGUCCCGCUGCCCUGCUGCUGUCAUUAAACCGUUUCUCACUCUGCAGAUGAUUCCGAAGGGUUUUAAUACCGCUUUCCUAUUUUUUUUGUUGUUGUUUCUUCUGGCUGCUUGAUGUGAUUCCCAUCAGCUCCAAAGGGUUUAUCCCUUGGAGCUGCUGCGUUCCAUCCAGGGUGGAGCAGUGCCACACAAGUUGAGCUGUGAAACUUAAUUAGGUGUCACAAUGUCUGUAUAAUACAUUCAACUCUACUUGGUCAUUUUAUUCUUUUAAUGUAAUUUAUUUAGCUGUAAAUAUUGAUUCUGUAAUGAUGUACAAUAUUCUGGCAUCGCAUUGGAAGACUGUGAUAUACGGAUCCUUUUUGCUCUGUAAUAAAAUGAUUUUAAUGUG